AUGAGUCCUCAAUGUUUCGAAUGCGAGUCGGUAGCGAUCCUGUCGCACCAUGCUCCCCUGCCAACGCGGAGGAGGCAACACGAAAACCGCUGCCGCGGUGACCCCUUAUAUCUUCGAGUGUCACCACGCAUCGGCCGACAGUUUCGCGCGCUGCUUCUGCUGCUCGUCAUAUCUCUAUCCUGCAGUUCCCAGGCUGCCCCCGUAUCCGCAACGGAAGCCUAUGGUGAUCGACCGGCCCUGCUCGUCGAAGACGACCUUGCCUGGACAGGAUCGGCGUUAUACCUGGAUCUCAGCCCACCACCCACCGCGUCGCGAUUGAUGCCUCCUCUAAAACGCGACGACGAUGUUACCCGCACACCCUCUGCAACUCUUUCGGAACGCGCCAUUACAACAGACUCUGAUGGCUCUGGCACCGGAUUCAAAGUCCCCACGGCAUUCGAUACUGGCCUAUCAAAUAAUUUCACAAACUCAUGCGCAAACUUCCUUAAUCGCCUACGUCAGAGUCAGGCAUUCAACGACUGCCACCCAUUCUCCUUGCUAUUGCAGACGUCAAGCGGUUUCUUCGACGCCUCCAAAUCUACACUACGCAUCACACAGACUCUCGAUGCAACCUGUGGAGUAAACGCAGCACAAUGCAAACCUACCCUGGAUAAUCUCGCAGUGGAGCUGCUAUCGGAAAUGGCAUGCAAAGCCGAUUACGACACCGACAAUCCCCUGGUGCUACAGGCUUACAAUGGCCUCGUUGCAUACCAACCGUCUUACCAAGCAAGCUGUUUGCAUGAUGACGAGGGAAAUUAUUGCUUUGCGAACGCCGUCAGCAACAUGUCAUCACCGGGAGAUGCCUACCCAUACUACCUACCCAUUGGCCAAGAACUUCCCGGCGGAUCAAGGCCAACCUGCAACUCGUGUUUGCAACAAGCAAUGGGUGUAUUUGCCACUUACAGCAACAACGCAACACAACCUCUUUCAAAAACCUAUACCUCGGCCGCUCAGCAAAUAUCAAUAGCAUGCGGCUCGACGUUUGUCAACGUCACGGCCGCCCCACUCAAAGGGGCUGCAUCGACGACGACCACCACCACAAUCACACCCACGAUAAGCUUGAUCUUAAUGUUUUUACUUUACUUCUUCCAGUGA